UCUAUUGCCAUGGCACCGCCUCCGCCACUUCCGCCACGAACCCGGAAGUACCUCCCCGACGCAGGAAGUCCCUUGGCCUUGCUUCCGCAGAGGCUUCCCCCAACCCGACGCGGAGGAGACUUGCUUCCGGCCCCGGGUGGGCGCCGGUUGGAAUCGCGGUGCGCUGCGGAGCGGUGUCUCGGGAGCACCGCUCUCCAGGACGCCGGCGCCGGAAGCUCGUACGGUGGCCGCGCCGGCAGAGCGCCGGUCCGGGCGCGAGCCCCGUGCGGGGCCAUGAACGGGACCGCGAACCCGCUGCUGGACCGCGAGGAACACUGCCUGCGGCUCGGGGAGAGCUUCGAAAAGCGACCGCGAGCCUCCUUCCACACCAUUCGCUAUGAUUUUAAGCCAGCAUCUAUAGACACCUCCUGUGAAGGAGAGCUUCAGGUUGGCAAAGGAGAUGAAGUCACAAUUACACUGCCACAUAUCCCUGGAUCCACACCACCAAUGACUGUGUUCAAGGGGAACAAACGGCCUUAUCAGAAAGACUGUGUGCUUAUUAUUAAUCAUGACACUGGUGAAUAUGUGCUGGAAAAACUCAGUAGCAGCAUUCAGGUCAAGAAAACAAGGGCUGAGGGGAGCAGUAAAAUCCAAGCCCGAAUGGAACAGCAGCCCACUCGUCCCCCACAGCCAACACAGCCAUCACAGCCAUCACAGCCGCCUCCGCCCCCACCACCUAUGCCAUUCAGAGCUCCAACAAAGCCUCCAGUUGGACCCAAAACUUCGCCCUUGAAAGAUAACCCUUCACCUGAACCUCAGCUGGAUGACAUCAAAAGAGAGCUGAGGGCUGAAGUGGACAUUAUUGAGCAGAUGAGCAGCAGCAGUGGGAGCAGUUCCUCAGACUCUGAGAGCUCCUCGGGAAGCGAUGACGACAGCUCCAGCAGCGGAGGCGAGGACAACGGCCCUACCUCUCCUCCCCAGCCUGCACACCAGCAGCCCUACAACAGCAGGCCGGCCCUUGUCAAUGGAACCGGCCGGCCACAGGGGAGCAACCAGCUCAUGAACACCCUCAGAAAUGACUUGCAGUUGAGUGAAUCUGGGAGUGACAGUGAUGACUAGAGCUGGAUCUUUCUAAAUCAACUUUUUGGUGCACAAAUAUACUGCAAGACCGGCUACUUUUGCAUGGAAUCCAUUGACAAGAGAAAAUGCUGUGGAUCAGUGACUGUAGUAGAAAUUCGAGGCCCUAAAGCUCUCAGAUAUUCAAGUCUUUAACUUAAUGGUGAUGGGUGACUUUCUUGUGUAAUUAUUUGAACAAUCUCAUGUUUCAAGGUUUAAGUAGAUCGAUAGAAGAACUAACAAUUAUGUUUCUAUCUGGUUGAAAAACAGGCAAAUGUGGCCUGGUCUAGGUUACUCAAAGGCCAUAUCUUCACCAGGCUAGUGAUUCUGUUUUAAACCCUGGCAGCCACCAGUGUGGCCAAGUGGUCUGCACCAGUGAAAUGAGAAACAGUCUUUGAGGGAUAGGAGAGAAGGGGAAACCUCAGACUGCCACAUAGAAGUAUGUUAAAACCACUUGAAAUGCGGAAACAAAGUGGUAAGAAAGUUUUGUGUGACAGCCUGGCAAGCCUGUGAAGAAACGGACUUCAAGGUGGAGUCCUCAGGUGUCAGCUGGGCGGGACCCUAGAGCCCUGGCAGUUCAACCCCCUCAUUUACAAAUAAGGAAAGGGAAGCACUCAGCUGGUUUAGCCUCCUGCCCCCAGUCCAGGCUUUUCCCACUGUUCCCUCCCUUGAGUCUCAUUUGUUAGAACCAGAGGUUCUCAUAUGUGAGACUUACAGAUGUACAUAGGAAUUUGUAGUGGAUUCCAAAAGACAAGUGUUGUGUACUUCUAGCUCAAAUUCAGAUCCAGACAGUCCCUAAAUGCAGGAGGCUUGGUUAGCAGAUUAAACCAGCAGCCACUGUACUGACACAUGACCCAGUUAAUUUGGGGCUUUUACUUCUGAGUAGAUCCAUAUUAAGUGUUCCUCAUUCAGGGGAUUGUAGUGGGGGAGGCAGGAGUAGAAGAGAGGUGUAGUGAGGAAACCUUUUUUUUUUAUAUAUAUAUAUAUAUUUUUUAUUGAUUUUUUACAGAGAGGAAGGGAGAGAGAUAGAGAGCCAGAAACAUCGAUGAGAGAGAAACAUCGAUCAGCUUCCUCCUGCACACCUCCCACUAGGGAUGUGCGCGCAACCAAGGUUACAUGCCCUUGACCGGAAUCGAACCUGGGACCUCUCAGUCCGCAGGCCGACGCUCCAUCCACUGAGCCAAACCGGUCUCGGCAUGGAAACCUUUCUAAACAAAUGAACCAGCAGCAGGUUUUCAGAAACCAGAAUCUAAAUAGGAGUUCUGCAAUAUGAAAUGAGCACAUUCUUUUGAUAAGGUGUCUCUGUUCGUGCUUUUGUACCACUGUUUGUGCCUGAUUGCCAGACUGAUUUGUAGUUUUUAUAUACAGGUAGAAGAAAGUCACAAGGUUGCCUUCUGCAGUGUGCAGUUUCCAAGUGAAUCUGUUGUUGAGGAAACUGGUCACUAGUAAAUGUUUCAUAUUGAGUGAAUGUGCGAUAAAUUGUCCCAUAAUUAGUUUGCAGUGUCCCAUUUCUGUAAUUUGAAUGAAUAUGUCCGGAGAAAUUUCCAUCUACUUUGGUUUAGCAGGUUAUCAGUAACAUUAAAUAUGAUUUUCCUUCCUGGGAUCCCUCCACUCAGAUGGCCUCUCCUUCCCCAGCUAGGGGAGGGAUGCAAUCUUGACCUAGAAGGGAAUUAGAUGAUCCAAGGUGGUGACCAUGGUUAGAGUUGAGCCUUAUGGGUCCCCUGUUUUAACUGCAUAGUGAUCCCAGUGAGCUGGAGAUGUGGACCAGCAGUCACUGUCCAACAGCACGCUCAUACCAUUCUACCAAGUGUAGGUAAUAGGUCCACACUUGUACCCUGUGGUGGGUUCUCAGCCCAUCAGGAGGUGUCAGUGGGUUUAAUGGCAUGUAGGAACUUAUUUAUAAUGAAUUGGUAAUUGUUUUAUAUGUCCUUAGUAAUGACAGCUCAGGGAGGGCGAAGGUCAUGAUUGGGAGACAUGAAUUGUUACUGGAUGUAGGAAUGUUUCACUGCUCUUGACUUCCUCAAGCUGGGGCAGGUUUCAGGAACUUGAACUAAAAAUAUCUAUUUAAGCCCCCCCCCCCCCCGAAGUCUUCACAUACAUAGACAGAACUAUGGUUUGGGCAUGUCAGAUAAAGAUGUUUGUUCUAUAGGAAAUGCUUGCAUGUGGCGCUGGGUUGGCGAGUCAAGCUUUCUGAGCUUCAGGCUCUCCUGUCACCCAUCGUCCCGACACGCAUGGUCAAUCUCUAGCCUGGCUCCAGUUUGGUUCUCUGCACAAAGCCCUCGGUGAUUCCCUCCCCCGCCCUCCAGCUUUACCCACCACAGUAAAGAAUCUUUUGUUUUUGGAAAUAAAAAAAUUGGCCUUACAGACUACUCACGAGUACCCUCAUGCCAGGCAAACUGGUCUUGUUCUUCCUGCCUCUGUGCCUUCUCAGUCUCUCCUCCUCCUCUUCCCCAAACCUGACUCCUGAGGUGCCAUCUCCUACAGGUGCCAUUUUCAUGGACCUUUCCUCUGUUCUUUUCAACCAGCUGGAGUGCUGGGUCCAUACUGACUUCCUUGCUCGAGCUCUGCUUAGUGUGAACUCCUUAAAGGCAGGGACCGUCAUUCUCAUCUCCAUCCUCUGGGACGUCCACAGGCAUAGACAGUCAGAUGCUUAUAGCUGGUGGGGAGGAGGCAGAGAGAACCAACAAGUACAGUAGAAAGGGUAGAUAUAGAGAAAACAUUCCAGGCAUUUGGAGAAAGCUGAAAACUAUCCAUGCUGAUUUUCAUCAUUUUGAAGUUUCUAACUGAAUUGUUAAAAUUACCUUCUCUUUGUUCGAUGUCUACCGUACUGUGGGUCAUUAGGUAAGGUGUAAAGACUUAAGUCCGAAUUAUCUGAGGAGCCACAGUAAAGACAUGAUUUGGAAAAACUUAAUACAGAGAAACUAGAUAUUUGUAAUGAUGCCACUCAUUAACCAUUUUAUUUCUGUAGCAGGAUCAUUCUUUCUAUGUGUGGUAUUAUAUGUAUGUGCUUCAGUAGUGGGAAAACUUGAAAUUCCAAAAUCCUUCCCUAUUCAAGAGGCUGGUUAAGUAGGAAUUGCGUGGGUGUGUGUAUGUGUGAUGUAUUUAUUACAUUAUUUUGAAAGAGUAAUACUAUGGUAUGUGGAUAUAUAUUAAGUACAGCCAAAUUGGACAUUUCCAUUUGGCAAGGAAGGUAGGAUUUCUGAAACUCAGGCCUUAACCAGUAGGUUGGAAGACAAGACCAAUUGAAGCUUUAUGAAAUGUGUGUUUUUGUUGCUCCUGUUAUUUCUGUCUUGGGUUUGUUGUCUCAUUCUUUAAUGUUUUUAAAAUUUUGUGCUUAAAAGUUUAUUUUGCUUAAUUAUGAAGUAGACGUGCAUGUUUACAUUUAUGUAAAAUAUUUGCUGUGUAAAGUUUUGUUGUUGUUUAUUCUCUUAAAAGAUCACUAUAUUUAAGUAAAAAUGAAGGUCAGCAAUA